AUGCAGGUGGACGCCUUGGGGCUCGACCUCCUCGCCAGACUGCUGCACGUUUCCCCCUCCCGCCGCCUCUCCGCCCACGCCGCACUUUCUCACCCCUGGUUCCACGACUUGCCUUUUGAGCAGAUGAACCGCCUGGGGCUUUCUUUCCACCUUUCAG